AUGCAAGUAUCUUAUCACAGAGCACCAACUACAUCUCGCGAAGGACUGUCUACAAGUUUAGUAACAAAGACUGAGGAGGAGAAAUCUCGAAUUCCGGAAAAACAAUUUUUCAUUUCUAGUGGAAGAUUGAGUUUAAAAUCAACAAAUGAAUCUCGUAAAACACCACAUUCUACUAGUUUAUUUUACGGAAAAACUGAGCAACAAAAAUCAUCUGAAAAUUUGACAUUUUCUCCUUCACCAUCAUUGUCAACUUCAAAGACAGAAGAGACUGAACGUCGAAAAGCAGAGAAGAAAACUUUUGGCCUGAGUGGAAUAUUAAGAUUAAAAUCACCAACUACAUCUCGCGAAGGACUGUCUACCAGUUCAGUAACAGAGACUGAGGAGGAGAAAUCUCGAAUUCCGGAAAAACAAUUUUUCAUUUCUAGUGGAAGAUUGAGUUUAAAAUCAGCAAAUGAAUCUCGUAAAACACCACAUUCUACCAGAUUAUUUUACGAAAAAACUGAGCAACAAAAAUCAUCUGAUAAAUUGACAUUUUAUCCUUCGUCAUCAUUGUCAUCAUUGUCAACUUCAAAGACAGAAAAGACUGAACCUCCAACAGCAGAGAAGAAAACUUUUGUCAUGAGUGGAAGAUUUAGAUUAAAAUCACCAAGUGAUUUUCCUGAAAAGCUUUCACACCGUGAAACAAAUUCACAAGAAUCAGCCGAGAUAUUGCCAGUACCAUCAUCUGUUCCACCAAGUACAACAUCAUUUCGUGAAUUUAAUGUUGCAAUCGUGAAAGAUAAAACGCAGCAUGAGCAAACAAUUGUUGCUGAUGUUAAUGCAGGACCAUCUACUUCUUAUUAUGUUUACCGUGUACCAACAGAAACAUCAUCGUCAUCAACUGGACUCGAUUUAAAAAUCACUUCUUCAACAGUAAAGAAAUAAAAAAAUCAAGAAGCUAAAUUUUCCCUUUCAACAUCAACUUCAAAAAGAGAAGACUUCCGAACAUUAGACUGUGUUGACAUCAAGUAUGGGCGAAGCAGGGAGAGAGGUCGAGGGAAUGUAAUGGCGGAUUUAACCUUUAAAGUGCUAUGCCGGUCUGACAGACCGCUAUUAAAAUUUUCUUUGCUUGUAACUUUUUUUCAAAGUAUAAUAAGAACUUGAACUUUUUAGUAGCUUCAUAUUUUAUGAAAAUCUGUUAGGAGACAACUUUUUCAAAAAUUUUUAUUCGUUAAAUUUUGUAAUAUAAAUAAAUAUUUGAAGUAUAGCGGUCUGUGAGACCGGGGUUAGCUUUAAGUGAAAGUAUAUUCCAGUAUAUUCCCAUGAGUGACGUCUGCGCAACUUGACGCGCAGCUAGUUCUACUGACAGUUCUCAUAGACUGCAUUUAUAAAAUAAAUAAAAUAAAUAAAUGCAUAAUACAGAAAUGACUUUUUUUGUUAAAAAGUAAAAAAUAUUUAUAAUAGUUGUCUUUUAAAAAUUAUAAAUGACUAAAAAACUGUCAAAAGGGAAUAGCGGUCUGACAGACCGGGGUUAGCACUGAGCGUGAUUUUUCAACACUUAGCACUUGAAAGGUUAAGGUUAGGACCAGUAGCGUAAAUUUAAAGUGUUCCUUUUUUGUGGCUUUAUUUUUUGCGUGUAAAAAUUAAAAAAUUAUAAUCGAAAAUAAAAAUACGUGGCAUUCGAUAUUGAAAAUAAGUGUGAAAUAUGAAGGAAAAUAGACGUGUUAGUUGAAAAAGAAAACAUUUUAAAGAAACAUAAAAUUUAUAUCUAACACAAUUUUUCUUUCAUACACCGGACGGCUCUGAGUAUUUAUAUACUUUUUGGCGUCAAGGUGUCCACUCCGAACUUUAGACACCAGUACCGAGAAAUCUAAAGUUCGGAAGUUUCAGUGUAUUUCAAUUAUAGGUGUUGACUCAUCAAUUGAAAGUGGUGGCCCCUCUUCAAAACGAAAGAAAUACAGUGUCGAGAAAUCUGCAAUUG